UAUCUAAUAAACACCGUCAGUUACUAUUCAUAUAGUCUAUGAAGACGCCAUUAUAUAUUUAUAACACAUUAGCAAUAUGAUCAGUGCGAGUCUACAUAUAGAAUAUUGUUUGUGUACUACUGUAUACCCUACAAAAACCUGUGGAAAAGAUUAUCUUCAUCCAGUAUGUUCAGAAGACUCAAAUCCUUUGUUCAAAGUAAAUCAAGCCGAAGACACUCUGCCAAAAAGCUAUAUCGGAAGUGUCAAAACAGCCUUAUGGAAAAUGUAGAUUUCCUUUCGUUUAAAGAAAUGUUCCUCAAGCUUAUUUCACUAAACCAAACCGAUGACAUAGCUAAAUGGCAGCUCAGUCUAACAAAAAUUUGUUCUUAUAAAUAUAUAUACAAAACUCAAAACUUUGAUGACUUCAAAUGGUUAGUAUCCACAAUCAAAGAUCCUGUUGCAAUUCUUACAUUGUUUCAAACAUUGUGUCAUAUUCCCCUUGAUAACGAAUUGUUUGAAAUAAACUUGAGUGUUUGUUGUGAAUGUAUACUAUCAGUUUACAGCCAAGAUAAUGAUAUUUCUAAUGUGGUCCAAUUUGCCAUUCAGUCGUGUCUUUCACCAAAGACUCUCGAAUUUUUGUGUGAUUUAUCAGUUAAAAAGGCAGAGUUUGGGAUUGAUAUUAACAAACGAGAUGAUGAUGGUUUUACACCUUUCAUGAACGCGAUAUCAAAAUACAAGCACGAUCAAGUUUUAAUCUUAAUGAAGUAUGGAUGUGACCUAAAAUUAUGCGCAGCAAAAAAACAGUCACGUUUUUCUUGGGAUAAACUAUUUCCUAUUUUAACAGAAGGUAGAUAUCAUGAAACCAUUAUGACUAGAUUAGUUCAGGUUCUGAUUGAUUCAGGAAUAGAUUUAGGGAUGCCAGACAUAAAUGGCCACUCUUUACUUGAAUUAGCCCUGAUAAAGUUAGACUUUAGCCGUUCAAGAUUUUUACUUUUUAAUAACUUUCCUAUAACUGAUAAGUGUAUUGCUAUUUUGAACGAGCACUAUGCUGUGCUUAAAAGCGAAUGGGUUAAACUUACCUAUGAAUCACUGGUUAAAAGUGUUCCUGCAUAUGUUAACAUUAUAUACUGGGUAGCAUUUAACAGUGGCAAUGUGGGCUUUGUGGAACAUACCAAUAAAACUCAGAUUGUAAGCCUUCAGGAAAUGAUGGAGACACCGAUUGACGAGUUCAAGUCUUUGUGUCAGCAUCACCGUCAAAUGACUCUUAAAGAACGAUGUAGAUUAACUAUACGUUCUGCUCUAGGUUUCCAAAUUCAUUCAGAAUCAAAAAUGAAGAGUCUGGGUUUGCCUUCUGUGCUUUUGGAAUUUAUUGUGAAUGAUAAAAUGCAAGUUCGUCCGCUCUAUAUGUUGACUGGAUCAGAUUUAUCAGAACGGUCAGACUGUAUUCAUGGGAAAUGGAAAGAGGCUGUUGAAACACCACCAUGCGUCGCCAUCCCACUAAUGCGUUCUUUUAGAUAUCUCAUGGAUUAUGACCUACGGCUAUAGUUUGUAUACUAUAAACCUAUUGUAUAUUCCUCGUGGUGUUGUGUUUGAUUUAUCUCACCCUACUUAACCCUAUGAGGAGGUGGGAGGUGUCACCUCCUCUCUGGUAUAGGAUUUUUAUUGGAUUUUAAGGAACAUUUGCAUAGCCGUCGGGAUAUUUUAACACAGAUUGACCAAAUGAGAAACGAAUUUUGCUGCAGCUAAAGUCGGGCUUAAAAUGAUUCAAAUAAACAAUAAACGAUGAAACACAAAAUAAAAAGGAAAUCAACUGGGGUUUAACGUCCUACUUUACGGCACCCACUAGACUAAUGAAGACGGACAUACGCUAGUACGGAAAUUGUACUCAUACUUCGAUGCUGUGGCCUACUUUUAGUUCGAAUGCUAACUGUUAAGGGUUUGCUUACGUGCAUACCGAACGACUAUAGUAGUUCGGGUUGGACGACAAACCGAGGUACACAUUGACGUGCACGUAAAUAACCCUUGGUGGUUGGAAUUCAAACAAGAGUAGACCGUAUAGAGCCACUAUCCGGGCAAAAUCUCCCUGAGGUGCAGAAAAGCAGGCCUUAAAUCCCAUUUCAUUUCAACCCAUUAGAAAUAUAGGAGAUGUGUUUCUACCAUGAACGCUCGUGGGGGCCAUAUCCACUAUUGGCGUUACGUGAAUUGAAACUGUGUCUGAACUGUUCUUGGGACAUUCCAAAACAUUGUAAUCACCGCCAAAAACUCAAUUUAUUCGUUUGAAUUAUUGUAAAAUGAAUUUUGUUAUAAAUGUCAAAGCUCAAAAUAAAGAUCUUUUAUUGUCUAAUUCAGUGCGACGUUUCUCUUACUGUUCAGUAUAUUCAGUCUCAGCAUCUGAAAACUCCAGCCAUUCUGAUUCAUCUUA